UACACCAUCUCAGGUUCACACACAGAUUGUAGCUGAUUUUAGUCGAUUACAGACAUAAUUUUUAGCGUCAGAGAAAAAAAUUAAAAGUAAUGAUUUGAUUGUCGGUAUUUCGUGAAAGUUUCGUGUUAUAAUUGAACUUGUGAAACUUUUGUGUGUGACAGACAAUGAAUAUUAGUGUUUUAAGUGAAGUGUUUAUUGUGAAUGUGAAUUUUUACUUGAAAAAAAGAAUGUAACAAUUCAGUGAAAUUCGCCGCUCGCGUUUUUCUCGGAGACAUCGUUUAAUACCAUAAUUCACAAUUUGCCAAUGUUAAAUGUUUUAAAAUAUCCCUGAUUUUGAUAUUUUAUAGAAGAAGAAAAAAUGGUGAACAACACUUCAGGCGGGACUCCCCGCAUUCAGGUCUUUAGACCUACAUAUGAUGAGUUUAAAGAUUUUGCAAAAUAUGUUGAGUACAUGGAGAGUAAAGGCGCUCACAAGGCAGGUUUAGCGAAAGUUAUUCCUCCUCCCGAAUGGGUACCUAGAAAAGGAGGAUACGACAUUGAUUCCCUAGAUUUAAAUAUACCUGCACCUAUUUGUCAGGUAGUCACUGGGAAGCAAGGUCUCUAUCAACAAAUAAAUAUUCAAAAGAAAUCAAUGACCGUUAAAGAGUAUCAAAAAUUAGCCAAUUCAGAAAGAUAUAAUACACCUAGACAUUUUGAUUAUGAAGAUUUAGAGCGUAAAUAUUGGAAGAACAUAACAUAUGUUGCUCCAAUUUAUGGAGCCGAUGUAUCUGGUUCCCUCACUGAUCCGGAUGUUAAAGAAUGGAACAUUAAUCAUUUAGGAACUAUUCUCGACUAUGUGAAUAAAGAUUAUGGAAUUUCUAUCGAUGGAGUUAACACUGCAUAUCUUUAUUUUGGAAUGUGGAAAACUACAUUUGCAUGGCAUACUGAAGAUAUGGAUCUUUAUUCAAUUAAUUAUUUACAUUUUGGAGCUCCCAAGACGUGGUAUGCAAUACCACCUGAACACGGCAGACGUUUAGAACGUUUGGCUAAUGGAUUUUUUCCAUCUUAUUAUCAGAAUUGUCAAGCUUUCUUGCGUCAUAAGAUGUCUUUGAUUUCUCCGCAAAUUUUAAGGCAGUACUCAAUUCCCUGCAACAAAAUAACACAAGAAGCCGGUGAAAUAAUGAUAACAUUUCCAUACGGCUACCAUGCUGGUUUUAAUCAUGGUUUUAAUUGCGCUGAAUCAACAAAUUUUGCUGCUCCUAGAUGGGUUGAAUAUGGAAAAAGAGCUACUCAAUGUACAUGUAGUAAAGAUAUGGUAAAAAUCUCCAUGGACACUUUCGUCAAACGAUUUCAACCAGAAAGAUAUCAAUUGUGGUUACGUGGAGAAGAUAUUGGACCUCAUCCUGAAGAUCCACGUCAAACGGCUGCACCCAUGCCAUCUCAGUUGGAUUUACUAUGCAAUAGUAAAAGUAAUGGUGAAUUACCAGAAAGUUAUUUAUCUGCUAUUCCUAAAAAUAAACGUCAUACAAUUCAUUGCAAAAAGAACGGUCCUAGUACAAAUAUGGAUUUAACGCAAUUAGUUAAAAAUCAACCAAAUAUUCCUCCAUAUGUGAAACAAUUUCUCCAAAUGAUGGAUGAUGAUGAACCCGAAGCUGAACCCGAUGAACAGCAACUUGAAGUUUUGGAAGAUAUUUGGCUAAAAGCAGGAGAAAUGGAUGUGGAUGAGGCAUCAGUUUUUGAUGAUGGCUAUAACCGUAAGAAAGGUAAAAAAAGAAAGAAGAAAUUACUUUUAGAAAAGGAAAAACCUAAAACAAGAAAAUCAGCUGUUAAAUUAAGAGCUAAUUCUGAAAGUAGUUUAACAGAGGAAAAAUUGAAUUCAACCGACGAUAUGCUAUCGCCGGGUUCAAUGAAAUUCUCCCAAACAAGUACACCUGAAAAUGAAGAUAAAGAAAAAUUAUUGAAAUAUUUGCCAGCAAAAGAGAAACGUGGUCGUAAAAAGAAGAAUCCUGAUGAUAAUGGAGAAAAGAAAUCGAAAAUUGCAGAAAAUAAAAAGCCAAAACAACCAAGAACAGUAAAAAAUAAACGAAAAUUUUCUGAUAGUGAAUUAUUUAAUAGUAGUGAACCAUUGGAUGUGUCGGACGCUGAUGUUCAACGAAAAUUAAUGGCAAUGCCUAGUCUUUCAUCAUAUAAAAGUACUUCAAAUUCUCAAACUGAAGUUUCAUCAGAACUAUCAUCAGAAACUGAUGUUGAAAAUAAAUCUACAUUAAGUGACAUUUUAAAUGAUUCUCAACCACCAAAUAUUACAUCGAAUGAUGAUAGUAGCAUUGAAAUUGAUGAUAAAUCAACAAUUUCUGACAUUAUUUCCGGAGUGAGAACAGCGACACCCGAGUUUGCUAAAAUAACAAAAGUUAAUGAUGAUUUGAAAACAAAUUCAGAAAUUAAAAUUUGUAAACAUACACUUUUAAAGCGACCCAGUUGUACAAUGCAAAGAAAGAGAACAACAAAAAAGGACAAUACAUCUCUAGUCAAUUUGGAGACUGCAAAACAAUUUAACUAUACAAAUUUAAAAAAAUCUACUACCAUUACCAACGAAGCUUUUGGUAGAAAUAAUAUACUAAAAGCACCCAAACUUAAUUUUGUGAAUAAACAAGAUAAUCAACAAAUGCCAAAACUUGAAUCCGAAAAGCCAAUUCAGGAAAACAAAGAUUUCACACGAUUAAUCGAUACCGCUUAUAUUCUUCCUCCAAAUGUUUGGAAUUCAACUCACAAUUCUCAUUUGAUAACAUCAACUAAUGUAAAUUAUUUACCGAGUACUACGACCAUCACCAAGUGUAAUCAUCCAAGUCAAUCAUCAACUUUUUUGAAUCAAGGACUGAAUCAAGGAUUAAAUCCAGGAUUGAAUCAAGGACUGAAUCAAGGAUUAAAUCAAGGACUGAAUCAAGGAUUAAAUCAAGCAUUGAAUCAAGGGUUAAAUCAAGGAUUAAAUCAACCUUCAGUUUCAAAUCAACCAUCAGUUUCGAGUCAGCCAUCAAUAUCGAAUCAGGCGUCAUUUAUGAUUCAAUCUUCUUGUUCAAGUCAAUUUAAUUCGAUACCCAAUCAAUCGAAUCAAUUUGUACCUAUUAAUUGCAGUCAAUCAAAGCCACUGACGAACAAUCAAAGGGCGGAAUUAUUAAAGACAAAUAUUCCAAUUCAACGAACUGCAUUUACAACUCAAGAUAAUAGAAUUUUUCCGAAGAACAAAAAAAUCCUAAUAGUUGAACCAGUACCUAUAAAUUACUCAAAAACAGAAAAUGAUGGAAAAAUACGAAAAUAUGAAUCUCACAAAAUUUUGAAUUCAAUGCUAGACGCAGAUAAUAAUAAAUGUCAAUUGUCAUUAUUGUCCAAUAAUCAAUUUUCAUCACCUUCAAUGAUAUCACCGCCAAUUAAAAUACCAAAGCCUUUAUUGACUACAAAAACAAUAACACCAACAAACGUUCCAAAAUUUCCAAUUGGUAACGAUUAUGUGAAACAUCAACUAAAAAAACCCCCACCAUCAUUAUUACGAAUAUCAAAACCAAUUCAAAAGAAUUUAAAUAAAACUAUCCUUCCAACAAAAGACUAUAAAUCGCCAAUAGCAAUAAUUAAAAAUACAACAUUGGAAAAUAAUGACGACGAUGAUGAUGUUAUUAUUGAAAAAAUAACACCAAAGGCAAUAACAAUUGGAAAUUUAAAAAUGAUAUCAAAAAAAUGUUCCAUUGCAACGCAAGUUAAUAAUUUACCGGAAAAUAACAUUUUUUUAAAUACAAGUAAUAUAAAACCUGAUGUUAAUCGAAUUUUUGUUAACAAUAUUAAAUCAUUUGAAAAUGAAAAAAAUGAACCAAAGUUUAUAGAAAAAGAACAAACUUUAUUAAUGGCAGAUAGAAAUAAUUUACUUGAAUUACCAUCACAAUCACAGAAUAUGCAAUAUAAAAUACAAAAUAAAGCACCUAGUAUUAUACCAACAAUGGAAUCAAAAAGUCGAAGAAAAUCAAAAGAGAAGCCAAAAAAAAUUGUCGCCAAUCGAAUUAUAGAUGUGUCGAUAUCAAAAUUCAAUAAUAAUAAUAAUUGUCAAUCACCAUCAUCGUUAAGUGGUUAUUCAAAAAAUAUUUUACCAGUUAAUAAUUCAAUUAUUCCAGGGCAUGUUUCUGAAAUGCUUUAUCCAAAUGUACCGGAUAAUAAAAGUUUACAAACAUUCAAUGAUUAUUGGAGUGGACAAAUUUCACAUUGUGCUGUUUGUGCACCUUUUGCAUUGGCUAAGAGUUUAUGUAAUAGUCAAAUGUCUUCUGACUGGAUGUAUUCGAUGCCAAUAGUAUUACCAGAAAAUUCUCCAAUUUGGGUAUCAUCCAGACUAUUUGCUGCAAAUUCAAAAGAACAAAAUAUAGAACCAGAGAAUAAUAAACUUCUUCGAUGUAGAGAGUGUCAUGUAACAGUACACGCGUCUUGUUAUGGUGUUACUGUGAUUUCAAAUGAUUCUCAAAGUUGGGCUUGUGAUAAGUGUAAGGCUGGAAAGAUGCAACUGAUGUGCUGUUUGUGUCCCAUGAAUGGCGGAGCAGUAAAACGAACAAGCGAUGGUCUUUGGGCACAUAUUGUGUGUGCGCUUCUAUUGCCAGGAAUAACAUUUAAGGAUGCUGUAAACAAAGAUCCAAUAAAUGUUUUAACAAUGAAAUCAGGAUUAACUAAACAACAAUGUUGUUGUUGUGGGCAGAGAAGCGGAGCUUGCCUUACUUGUGAUAAAUGUGGUGCACUCUUUCAUCCGUCCUGUGGAUUAGUAAAGGGAGCCACUUUCGUUAUUCCACCGUAUAAUGCAGAAGAACUACAAAUAACUUGUCAUCGUCAUGAUGAUGGAAAGGAGAAAAUACCAUUGGUUGGUUUAGGAGAAUAUGUAUGGGCUAAACAUCGUAAUACACGUUAUUAUAAGGCAAAAAUUUCAUCAAUUCAAGACACCCUUUUCUAUAUGGUUACGUUUGAGGAUCAGAGCUUCAGCGAAGAUCUUUAUCCAGACGACAUUACUAACUGUGACCCUCGAAAUGUACCAGCAAUUGGAGCACAUGUGAGAGUUAAAUGGACAGAUAACAAUAUUUACGAUGGAAUUUUCGAAGGCACAAAUCAUCGUAUUAUGUAUAAUGUCGUCUUUGAAGAUAGUUCUCAACUUUCAUUAAAACGAAAUGAAAUCUACAGUUUACAAGAGGAUUUACCAAAAAGAGUUCGUUUGCGUUUGUCGGUUGCCACUGAAAUGAAGCACCGAGGGCAUCUUUAUGGCAUUGAUGAAGAAUCGGAAUCGCAAAGGAAGGUGAAAACAUCGAAAAAAAUAUGAUAGAGUAUAAUUGUCCUUUAAAACGUUAUUAAAAACGUAAUUUGUACAAAUUCCCUGAAAAAGUAUUUCAUCGCGUGUAUUGCAUAAUUUUAAUUAAUUUGACAUUUAUAUUUUUAUUUUAAAUUAUUAAGUAAGAAUGAAAUUAAGUUGAAUAUUUAAAUUGAUUUAAUGCUAGUCUAAAUUUUAUUAAUUUUUUUCGCUGAAAUAUUGUCAGUUAUUUUUUUACACGUUUAAAGAGACGUGUAAACUGUAUAAUACAUAGCCUACUUUAUAAUAUAUGUAAACAAUAUGAAAUAUGCCGAUUGUAUAUUUUAGAGUACACUUGAGUCGUACACUAUAAAUUGUAAGAAUUUCGCUUCCCUGCAUUAUAUUUUUGAAUGUAAUUUAAUUAUUAUUUUAUUGUUUUUGCGAAGUUUCAUUAAUUCUUUUAUUAUGUCUAUUAAUUGAUUUUUAUAUGAAAAAAGUAGUACUUUUUGAUUUAAGUACUGGACAUAAUAAAAUAAUCUGCUUUAAUAUUGUCGCUUUUCUAUAUUUGCUUUUAAAUGUUGAACAACAUAAAAUUUUUCAUACAUUUUAGUCGCGUUUGCGUAUUAAGCAGAUAAUGAGUUGUGAAUGUGAUUGCUAUUAUCCGCCUUUAAUAUAUAUUGAUUAUUAUAUAUUUAAUUGAUUAAUAAUUUUGUCGGACAAUAUAACUUCAAAAUAUUUAAAAGUUUGAGCUCAUUUAUUGUUUUCAAUCAAUUAACAACGUAGUUUUAAUAAAUGUUUUUCUACGGAUUAAUUUUUUCUGUACCAAGAAAUAUAUAAAAUUGUAUUUUAUGUAAAAAAAAAAGUUGACAAUAUUAAAAUAUUUUAAUUGUACAAUUCUUCAUUUGGAUUGUAGAUCAAAGAAAGAAAAAUUUUUUGUUUUUUCAGCAAGCAACAUAUUGAGUUCAAACUUUUCUUAAUUAUAGUAUAUUGUAUAAGAUUUCGUAUGUAAAUAUUAAAAAAAGAUAAAUUAUGGAAAAUUUGAAGAAUUCUAUUGUACAUCACAUUUAUAUAUAUUCUCUCUCCUUUUUUAUAGAUCGGUUAUUGAUAAUCUAGUCAUCUGAUACGAAAACAUGUUUGUUCGCCUAUUUUAAAAGUACAGUUUAUAGAAAUGAAGGAUUUAUGCUUGAAAUGUAUUUUACGAUCAAGCAAAUAAUAAAAAAAAUAUCAGAUGAUUGGACUGUAACUUAUACAUUUGAGGCAUGUUUGUAAGAAUGUAAAACAUAUGAUUGAUAUUAUAUAACACUACGUAAAUUGUGAAAUAACUACAUAUAUUGUUUUUUUUGUCAAAUUAAUAGGACUUGUCUAAGGCAAAAAAAAUCCUGGCUAAGCAAAUCGAAUUGUCUUUGAUCUCAUUUACAAAACUUAUUUAAUUAAGAGUAUUAUUAUAGAUUGUUCAGUGGCAAUUCUUCACAAAAAUGUAACUCUGAUCACAGAUUGUAAAAGUUAGACGUAAAUAUGUAUUGAAAUAUAAUUAAUAAACAGUGCGAAAGUAGCGCGUUUAAAUUAACGCUAA